CAGUAGACUGACUUGAUUGGGAAAAAGUCACGUCUGCCCUAUUUAUCAAGAUAGGGAAUACUAAAAUAGAACAUAGCGUCACUUGUAUUCAGAAGUGUCUUUGAAACAGAACACACGAGAAACAUGAGGGCUAUUGCUGUAUUAGCUUUUCUUUACGGUUUUGCUGCGGCUAUCCCCGCUCCCGGAACCGGUGCGCUCGAGGGUUACUGCGACACAAGCGCCCACUGCGCGGCGGACGAGUGCUGCGUGAGUUUCAACCAGCCGCGGGGCCGGCGCACUGUCGUUGACCACCUGGAUCCCAACCUUAUGCGCUUCGUCCACGGCAGCUGCCAGAAAAAGGGAACCAGCGGAUCUAAGUGCUUUGUGCACGAGCUUUCGACGGGCACGUAUGGUUUGUUCUACGAUUGCCCGUGCACUAGCGGCUAUGAAUGCCAGGGGUCGGGAAUGAUGGAAGUUCCGAAAGGGGAAUCAGGAACCUGUCAGUUAGCGGUGGUCAAGGCGUCGUCGACGCUGUCUCAACCUUGCUCCUCCGGUGCGGACUGUAGUGCCAGCGAGUGUUGCGUCAAUGAGAUGCGACCGAUUGGGAAACGGGCCCUCGGAAUGGGAUACGCCCACUGUCAGCCCAUGGGAGUGGAUGGGUCUGGAUGUUUGGUGCAUUACGGGUCGGGCAAGCCUAACGGUACAGUGUUCCAAUGCCCAUGCUCCACGGGCUUCACGUGCCAUGGCAACCACAUGUUUGACAUCCCACUGGGCGAGACCGGAACAUGCGGUGUGUAACAAGGUUUAGACGGAUAUCACAUGUUCUCGUUCGCUUCUCUGAAUGUUCUAUUAAAACAAUGCUGCCUUUUGAUAA